AGCAACAUUCUCGAUCUGCCAUUCGGAAUAUUCGGCGGUUCUGAUUCAGCUGCUGGGUCAGUUUCUUACCUGAAGAGCUCUUAGCGGCAUCCGAUUUAUCGAUCACGACCAUGCCGAAGGAAAACGAGAAAGAACCGGCCUCCGCAAAGAACCCAGUCACGAUCCACCCCAAGACAUGGCCAUGGCCCUCCUUCCUCGCGUGGGUACCAGCAAAAUGCAACUACAAGUCAAUGAAACCCGUCAUUCGAUCCUCCGUCGCAGGCUGGAUCGCGUUCAUCCUCAUUAUCGUACCACAUACCCUCCACGUCCUCGGGCAAGCGAGUUUCUUUGCGUUGGUGGUGGCGUUGAUUACACCGCCUUCUGACCCGGUUAUCGUUACGUUUUGGAGGUCGGUGUAUAACAUUAUCCUCGUCCUCGUUGCGUGGGCGUGGGGCAUUGUUGCUGCCCGGAUCGCGACGGCGGUGAGGGAUGAAUAUCUCGAUCUUACGAGUGUGAAUCGGGUUGCAAUUUUCAAUGGAGAUUAUGUUGAGACGAAGAGUUCGGUUGUGUUUGCGGUUUUCUUGGCGUUCGGGGCUGGGUUCUUUUUGUGGAUUAAGUCGAAGUAUCCGGCGUUAAUUUUUGGGUCGGUGUUUUCUAUGAUUUGUGUUGUUGUUACGUGUACGUAUGGGGCACUGUUUCCGUAUUUCUACCCAUUGCUUGGGGGUCUUUUCGUUGUCCCGUUGGUGAUCCAAUCUGGUAUUAAUAUUGGAUGCGCGAUCUUCAUUUACCCUGAAACGGUGAAUCAUCUCUAUAUGGACAAAUUAAUGGGAUUGUUUGGGGCGCUGAAGGAGGUCAUUGCCGAGCAAAAGAGCUUGCUGGCCACGGAUCCGGAUUCCGACAACUGGAGCAAAGCUAGCACCGCCCACGAAAAGCUCAUCGGCGUUCGACAGAUGCUCCCCGCCUUCGCCGCCAUCGAGGGUUUCCUUGACAUGGAACCCUCCUACGGCCGUCUCUGCGGCACGGAUCUAAAACAAUUCCUCGACAUCGCAAAGAAGAUGCAAGCGCGUCUCUCCGGCCUCGACUUUUUUCAUAACGUCGUCGACGUCAACAUGCGUCCCGGGCCCCGAUCACGGUUUGAGAGGAUUUUGAGGGGGAAUACGGAGCCGAAGAAGAGUCGGAAGAACAGGGAUGGGUGGUAUAGGGAUGGGACGCAGAGUCGGCCGUAUAGUGGGUAUAAUACGCCGGCGGGGGGUGAGAGUAGUAUUGGGGAUUGGAUGACGCCUGUGCCACCUCCUGGGGGACGGGUGACUGAUCAUUGGAAGAGGCAGGAGAGGGAGGAGAGGGAUCAAAACCCGGAUGUUGAUCAUGAUAAUGAUAUUGAGAUUGAUUCGCCGAGUCCGAGUCCGAGUCCUGGGGUUAGCGUUAGUCCCAGUCCGCGGAUGACGGAGACGCCGCCGAGGCCGAAGAUUAGUCAUCACUCUUCUGGCAGGAGUGGGAGGGGAAGUGACAACCAUUCCUUGCAUGCACGGUUCGCGAGUCCGGAUGGUAGGGGUGAUAGUGGACACCGAGACAGUCAUACCGAUUUCUUGAGUGUCCCUGGUGCAGAAGAGUUGAGGGAACGCAGGGCUUCGCCACUGCAACAGUUUGAGGCUACGCAGUCUUCUGCUGCCAGUGUACGGAGUGUGUACACUGGUGGACGACCAAGUGGGGAGCAUACCAUCCCCGACGACUUCGCCGACCUCUUCAGGAAAAACAAGAAGAAGAAGAAGAAGCAGAGGAAGAGUGAUAGCCGGCGCAGCAGCCAUGAUCACCAUUCUCAUUCGCCCUUCAGUCCGUUUCAUCCAAAGAUUCUGCAUGAGGCGUUGCAUCAUGAGUAUCGCCAAGUCGCUGUGAUGGAGACGCAGGCGUACAUGGAUUUGGAGAGUAAAUUCCCAAGGGAGAAGGAUCGGGAGGUCAUUCAGGAGAUGGUUGCGUUGUUGAAGAUCGCGACGGAGGAUGUGAUUCGUGUUUCGGAUGAAAGUAUGGGGUAUUUGCUUAAAUGGUUGAAGAAGAUUAACAAUGAUCGGUGUACGAAGUUCUUUAGGUCGAAGACGAAGGAUGAGAGGGAUCGGAGUAUGGCAAUUGAGGAGUUGACGUGGCAGGUUGGCGAGUUAAAGCGCGUUAUGGAUGAGUUUCAGAGUGUGAAGAGGUUGGAGAUUAUCAAGCCAUUCGAGGAGUACUUCCAGGAACGGCAUCCGCAUGAUGAGAUCCCGCCGUAUCGUGGGUUGUUUUUCGCGUAUCUGUACGAAUUCCAGAUUGUGGAGUACUCGAAGCAGUUGACGGUGUUGAUGGAGCAUAUCCUCACAUUGGAAAAAGAGAGGCGCAGGAGGAAGUUGUGGUUUGAUUGGAAGAUGGCGCUUAACCCGAAGGUGUGGUGGAGGGGUGCGUUCGGUGGUGGUCCCGCGUUUGCGAAGAUCCAUUCUACGGGUGGAGAUGCGGAUGAUGACCCGGAACAUUUGGCUGGAAUCGAUGAGCUUCCGACCGAGAAACGUGAUCCGGAUGCUGAUCCGCCGAGUAAGACUUGGCAUCUGUUUGGGUUGGCGAUUUACAAGAUUUACUGCUUUUUCAGGAGGAACGACGUCACGUUCGCAUUCAAAGCAGGAAUAUUGGUCUUGUUGGUUGCGUUGCCGACGUUCUUCAAGUCGACAGCUGGGUUUAUGUACCAUAACAGGGGUCUGUGGGCUAUCAUCAUGGCUGGAUUGACGUAUGCCCAGUUCAGUGGUGACACACUUUUUGGGUUCGUCAGUCGUGUUGGGGGAACUUUGCUGGGCGCUGUUGUUGGUUUGGUGUGUUGGUAUAUUUCGGCUGGUAACGGACCGGGUAAUCCGUAUGGAUUGGCUGCUACUAUGGCGGUUGCGUUGAUCCCGAUUUUGUUCAUCAGGGUGUACCAUGUCUACCUGACGCCUAUGCCCGCGAUUAUCUUUACGAUUACAGUUGCGCUUACGAUUGGCUACUCGUGGCAGGACUCGUACAACCCCACUCUCGGUACUGUGGGUAUUGGAUGGGAGGUUGCAUGGAGACGAUUCUUGUGUGUCGUUAUCGGUAUCACGGCGGCGUUCAUCUGGUCAUUCGUUCCUACGCCAAAGACUGGUCGGUUCCAACUCCGCUUGACUUUCGCGAGGACGGUCACGGAAAUUGGUGCAAUGCAUUGUCAGUUGUCCAACUACGCUAGGAAGAAGCAUCCAGACAAUGUUCCAGAUGCGGAGUUGUUGAAGAUGGCUCUGGCGGUCAUGGCAAAGCUCGCUCAAGCAAAUCUGCGAUUGGGAUUCGCCAAGUUUGAGCCGCCCAUUCAGGGUCGAUGGCCGGCGGAGAAGUAUCAGCAGUUGUUGGCGGUGCAAAUGGAGCUUGUACAGUUGAUGACUUCGUUGAUGAAUGUCUUUAUGCAGUUGGAUCAGAAGUGGACGAGGGCUUUGCUCAUCCGUACUGGCUGGCUUGACCCGCAUUUCGUAGCAGAUCAGCUUGCGACAAUCUACAUGGUUAGCACGGCGUUGAAGACCGGAAGCUCGCUGCCUCAGAUCGUUCCAUCUCCGCUAGUGGACCGUUUCUACCAGCGUAUCUAUGGUCUGAAGGUUGUCUGGGGCGAUGAAGACGAUGAGGAUGACGAUGGUCUUCCCAGGCACAUCGACUACGAAACACUUCAGCAGCGCGAAUACGCCCUCUUUGCUGUCGGUUGUACGUUAACGAGUGGUAUUGUGUUGAGGCUGGAUAAGCUUAUGUGGAUUUGCAAGUCUCUGGUUGGUGAAAUCUACAGUUUGCCAGGAUAUUAUAGGGAUACCCGUAUGAGGCAUGAGAGGCAUCCGUUAUUCCAGGAUAAGUUUACGGAUGAAGCUGUAUGA